AUACUGUUGAGCUAUUGGAUGUUUUUGUCUCUUUCUAUCUCUCAUAUAAAGCCAUCCCUUACUGAUGCAGCAAUCUAGAUGGUUAUUCUUACUCCUUACUGCCAUUUGUAAUAAUCGGUCUACGACGUGCUUUUCAAUUUUUGUGCGGCUUUAAAAUUAAACAAAAAUGGACCCGUUGGUAACCAUCUGUCCCGAUAAUUGGACUCAAAUUGUUGAAGAUCCUGCUUUGCUUCAAGAAGUUAUGAAUUCUGGAAUCACCUUCACGAGCACCAACAAUAGUCGCAUAAUAGAUUAUAAUCCCGAAGAAUUAAUAGAUGAUGAGUCAGCGACUACGUCUUCGAUCACUAUUGAUUCAUCUUUGGAUGAACAAAAUGACCAUUUGGCUGUUUCUUCACAAUCCGCCUUGUCAACUGAGUCGGCUGGAACCGAAAGUGAAUUUGGUGGUCCAAACGCUCUUACUUCAUCUCCAGAAGAAGCUACUUGGACUGACCAGUCGGUGAAACUUUUAAUAUCAUUGAUUGAAGAAGCUUUGCCACAUGUUGGAAAAACUGCCAAAUUUAAGAGCAAGGCAAAAAUGUACGAGCACGUACGAAAGGAAAUGGCACAUAACGGAUAUAAUUUUUCUACAAAGAGAAUCACAAACAAAUAUUUUUCGUUAGAACGAGCCUACAAAGCAACAAAAGACCAUAACAAAAAAACUGGAAGAGACAAGAAAAGUUGCCCAUAUCAAGAGGAGCUGAACACUAUCUUGCAACAUCGGCCAUCUGUGAACCCUGUUCACGUUCUUGGAACAUCCGGAACCAUUUGUGUGCAAGAUCUUUUCGGCAACAAGGAAAAUUCUUCUGGAGACGAUGAUGACUCAAAAGAAUCUGAAUCAGAACAGAAUCAUCCAACAAAGAAGCGUCGUACGAAGCAACCCAAUGUCGUUUCUGAACUAAGACAUUUGCGUUCAGCAAAUGAAGUAUUUCAUGAUCGUGUAACCGAAAUAAUUGAAAAUUCGGAAAAAAAGAAGAUUGAAAUUAUGACCGAAAGAAAUAAUUUGCUUAAGCAACUAAUCGACAAGCUGUAAACGUUUCAUAUAUGAUGUCCACUGUUUUUUU